AUUUGCUCUUGCCUUCUGAUUCGUUCCCUGCGCUAAAUUGUUCCUGCAUGAGCAGGGUGGAAGACGGCGGGGAAACAGAUCCACGUAAUGCAGCAGGAGCCUGUCUGGAACAACCGUGGGAGACAUGGGGAAGAAAGUGGAAAGUGGGCUGCGUAAGAUCGGAUGAAGCGGGCAGGUUUUUGCGCACGGAGAGCGUUGCGCACCGGAACAAGUCGAAGCGCCUUCACCUGGAAACCCGCUGUUUAUCCCGUAGCUGCCGGAUUUCUGCUUCAUAGAUGAAAAUCCCACCGGAGAGACCUGUUCCCGGUGGGAUAAGGGCCUCUGUCUGCGACCACCAGGGACCAUGUCGGACAACUCCACCGAUCUGUUCAACGAGUCGCUGCCAGCGGCUCAAGUCGCGCACUACAACUUCCCAGCGCUCAUAUUCGGGAUUUUGCUGAUCAUUACCGUCACUGCUGGAAACGUGUUGGUGUGCCUCAGCGUUUACUUGGAGAAGGCUUUAAAAACUACAACGAACUACUUCAUAGUGAGUCUGGCGUUCGCGGAUUUGCUGCUGGCGGUUCUGGUUCUGCCGCUCUUUGUUUACGCAGAGUUUCAGGGUGGAGUCUGGACUUUGAACAUGACGAUAUGUGAUUGUCUGAUGACCAUGGAUGUGAUGCUGUGCACCGCAUCGAUCUUCAACCUCUGUGCCAUCAGCGUGGACCGGUUCAUUGCAGUGUCCAUACCUCUGAACUACAACCGUAAGCAUGUGGACUACCGUCAGAUCAUCCUGCUCUCCGCCACCUGGCUCCUGGCCUUAGCCGUCGCCUCACCUGUAAUCUUCGGCAUCAACAACGUGCCGAACCGCGACCCCAGAGAGUGCAAACUGGAGGACAAUAACUACGUGGUCUACUCGUCCGUCUGCUCCUUCUUCAUCCCCUGCCCCAUCAUGGUCCUGCUCUACUUUGGGAUUUUCCGAGGCCUGAAGCGGUGGGAAGACACCCGUAAGGCCAAACUGCGCAGCAGCAUCGAGGCGUGCAGGAAGCUGCAGCAGACGUCGGCGGCCGGCGGCGCCCUCCCCCCGAUGAUCGGGACCAUCCCCGGCGCUCUGCCCAUGCCUCUGCCCAGGAUCAUUGAGAGGGACCUGGCCCAGUCUCGGCUGGACGACUCGGGCGACUGCAUCCAGCAGGAGAUUCCUUAUCCACGGCAGUACAGAGAGAACUCUGUGCCCACCGUCAGGUUCAGCCAGCAAAAUGUCAGGAAGAGGGCGAAGAUCAACAACAGGGAGAGGAAAGCUAUGAAGGUCCUGCCUGUUGUAGUGGGCUGCUUCCUGCUGUGCUGGACGCCGUUCUUCGUGGUGCACACGAUGCGCGCCUUGUGUCUGACGUGCAACAUCCCCAUCGCCCUGAUGAGCACCGUCACCUGGCUCGGCUACGUCAACAGCGCCCUCAACCCCAUCAUCUACACCAUCUUCAACACGGAGUUCAAGAAGUUCUUCAAGAAAUGUUUCCGCAGCUGCUGCUGACACCAGGCUCCCUCCGCAGAGCCGUCAGGCCGAAGGACCAGAGGACGUUUGCAAAUUGAACUGGAACCAAGAAGAACAUUUUGCUAAGAAAAAAAAAAUCCUGGUCUCAUCUCUAACUUUUAAGGAUUUAUGUAAAAUAUAAACCGACUUUGUUUUGUCUGAAAUAAAGAUUUGAUUUUACCUUCUUUUGGAGGAAACUAGCAGCAGCACCUGAUGAACACCUUAAUAAGGAGCCUGAGGAACACGACUAGAGCUAGAUGUGGGAAUGCAAGGAGGCCGACUGUUACCCCUCAAUCUGGUUUCCUUCUGCUCACAGUUCUGUGUAUAUUUUGACAUUUGUUCUCAUUAGUCCAAAAAACGUUUUAACUUGUGG